AUGGCCGAGGAAUUCCCCCAUUAUCUAAAGGCUUUCUAUACCAAUCCUUAUCAGAUGAAAUUCAGCCUCGGUCAGCACGCCCACGACCUCCGCUUCACAGUGUCGAUGGGGCCUAUCGGAUCAAAGACAAUUCUCGUUCUUCACGAAGGAUCGACCACAGACGGCCAGAUCUCGGCAAUUGGAAAAGAGAUAGGCAUGUUCCAUCAGGGAUAUAGGAUGGCCAACAAUAUCAUCCCUCCUCCCCUCAUAGGAGAAUACCCUAACACUUUCACUUCAACUAUGAACCCCGAGCAGGAGUUUAUUCAUCGUUGGUACCAGUUCUCAAUGAAAGUGGGCAAGGGCGAGAAAUUACACAGCGAGAAAUUUGAAUGGCGGCCUACCCAAGGCAACGAGAUCCAAGCCAUGUUCAACCACGCCAAAGGGUUUAAGCUGGUACGAGUAGGGGCCGAAGGACCUGGUGACGGACGAGGCGGUAAGAGGCAAUCGAGACAGCUGGGGGAGAGCAGCGAUGGCAAGGAAAUAGUCGCCGUUUGGGCGACCGAAAGGGUUCUAGUGCCUAUAAGCCGCAGUCCCUUCAAGUUCGAGCUCCUUGGGAGCGGCAAGACCGGCGAAUUGGGUCGACACUUCGGGUAUAUGGCUCUUAUGACGGCGCUUGAGACCUGGUGUUUCCAGGUUCUGAGAAUACACGACGACUUCCCCCCUUAUGUCCCUCGCCAUUAA